UGGCUGUUCUUUGCCACUUUCCCAUUCUCCUUUUCCACAAAUUUUGAUACAUUUCUGUAAUUUACUUUAGUGUGAAGCAAUGCAUAGACCUUCAGUUGAGUUGCUGGUCUUAUUAACACAUUCCUUAGAUCAUUGUUACCUGUUAGUUGAAUUGAUACGGCCUAUAUUUAAUGACCCAAAACUGUUGUCUUCAAAUUUUUUUCCCAUUUGAAAUUAUGUAUAUAAACAUCGCUUGUGUUUCUCUUGUCAAAAACACUUUAUCCAUCGCUUUCAUUUUGCCACCUGCUCUCCUCAACUAUUCUUUCUUUCCAUUUUACCGUUGUGCCUUGAGUUCAUCAUAUAUCCCAUUGCCAUUGGCGAGAGGAUGCCCUACAUCAGAGCCAGGGUUACGUGGCAGAUGAAGACAGCCACCCUUUCCCCUAGAAUGUUUGGGGAUUGCAAACUCCCAGAACAGGCAAUAAGAGCACUUGAAAUUUGGAAGUCUCCUACCUCUUAUUUGUGGCGACAGGUCUGGGUUGACUUCACCAUGCCCAUUUUUAAAAAAUACACGGAAAAUACCUGUGAUUAUUAGAGCUCAGGAUGAAAUGAGUUGAUACAUAUAUAACAUUUAAAGUAGUACCUACACAUAGUGGUGCUCGAUAAAUGUUAUCAUGUUUCUAUUUGCUAAUUUUUCACUUCUCUCUGCUGCACUCUAACCAUUUGUACUGCAUUAUCUUUUCUCUGCACCUUUUCAUACAGCUCAUUUAGAAACUCUUGAAUAAACAAGAUUAAUGCACACUUGCUACCAAAAGUAAGAGGAAGUAGAGAUACUGUGGAAGACUUUCUGGUAGACACUCCAGACAAGAAUUUUUGUGUUUAUUAAGACUACUUUGGGAUACAGAGGGCACUCUGGGAAAAUAAAAAUAACAGCUAUAUAUUAUUGCCCUUACUCUUCGGAAGGGCAAGAUACAUUUUUUUUUUUUAAGACAAUUAAUUGAUUUAAAGGUUUCAGGAUUUUCAGUGGUUGCUGUUCGGAACAACGAAUUCCAUGAAACAUAAUAUUCUUAGAAUUUACAGUGUUUAUUUUAGCCAGGCGAUGUUCCUUGAACAAUUAAAUUUGAGGAAUUCUGUACAAGCUACACUAGAUAGAUUUGAGGGUAUUUUCUCCCUUUGCUCAGUGUUACCUCACUGCUAGAAUAAAGAAUGAACAGAGAGGCAUGAUGAGCUUGGCUUGCACCCAUGAUCAUCUCAGGAAAUGCCCCCCGAAGUUAUUUUCCACUGGAGGAAAAUGAUAUCAUAUUUCUGUGCUGCUUUUUUCCUGUCAGACCCCUGGCCUCAACAGGGCUGUUGUCUAGGGUUUCUUGAUCCUUGAGCGAGGUAAAUGACCUCUGGCCGUGCCCCCCGGGCAGUAUGUGCCUCUCCUGGUCCGUAAUCUCACGGAGGUGCUCUGUGCCAGGAUGUUAUUCUUUAAAUGCGUUUGAUUGGCUUGGAAGAGUUUUGCAUUAAUUAACUCUUCAUUGUCUGGGAAACGCAAAUGCUUUUUUGUGGGACUUGACCGAAUGGUUAUGUUCAGUUUUCCCUGUGAUCACAACAAGCCAAAUGAGACAAGGUUCUCCUUUCUCAAAAUAAAGGCAUCUUCCUUCAUCAUUAAGGUCUGAAGCCAAGCUUUAUGUCAGUCCCAGUUAUCCCCAUUUGUCCUCGUUCAGCAUCUUGCAGCCCCAUCAACAUCAUGCCCUACAAAGCUGCACACUCUAGAAAUCUGACGGAUCGACCCAAAUUCUUGGUAACACCGCCAGAGGGCUCUGCGCGAAGGAGGACUGUUCAUGGCACAGUGGGCUAUAAAAGAGACAGAGAGAGAGAAAACCUCCCGUUCCAACCCACGUGUGGCAUUCGGAGGGCUCUGUCUCCAUCUCAUCCCAAAGUAAGAUCACCAGGGCCCUCCCGACUUUGGCUUCCAUCCAAGUCCUUUCCUCAUCUGCCUGGCACACCCAGACCAGCCUCCUCCUUGCCUCCCGGAUCAGUCAAAGCUACCCCUUCCCAGGUCCGGCCCCCAUCCCCUGGCAACAUCCGCCCUGUCAAGAGAGAAGUCAGAGUGGAAUCUGAGAGAAAAGAACCCGAGAAGGAACCCCAGAAAGUUGCCAGUGAGCCGUCACUUAAGGGCAGAGCACCUUUAGUGAAGGUGGAAGAAGCCACAGUUGAAGAGGGGACACCUGUCGAACCAGAGGCUGCUCCUGCUGCUUCAGCCCCAGCCGUGGCCCCCUCGGCCCCUGCUCCAGCGCCGGUCCCAGCCCCAGCCUCAGCCCCAGCCUCGCCAUCCACUGUGACUGCUUGCGCUUCUCCCAAGACCUCUGCGGGCACCACCGACCCGGAAGAGGCCACGAGGCUGCUAGCUGAGAAGAGGCGGCUGGCCCGGGAGCAGAGAGAGAAGGAGGAAAGGGAGAAGAGGGAGAGGGAAGAGCUGGAAAGACAAAAGAAAGAGGAGCUGGCGCAGAAGGUGGCGGAAGAGCGGGCGCGGCGCGAGGAGGAGGCCCGCCGGCUGGAGGCCGAGCAGGCCCGGCAGCGGGAAGAGCAGCUGCGCCGGCAAGCGGAGGAGGAGCGGGAGCGGCGCGAGCGCGAGGGCGAGGAGCGCGCGCAGAAGCAGAAGGAAGAAGAAGCUCGCGUUCGGGAGGAAGCAGAGAGGGUCCGGCAGGAGCGGGAGAAGCACUUCCAGAGAGAAGAGCAGGAGCGCCUGGAAAGAAAGAAGCGACUUGAGGAGAUUAUGAAAAGAACAAGACGAACAGAACCUACAGAUAAGAAAACUGUUGAUCAGAGAAACGGAGAUAUAACCAAGGGAGCUCUCACUGGAGAAACAGUGGUAUCUGCCCUUCCGUGUCUGACAGACUCUUCAGGAAAUGGAGAACCAGUGGCCAGCCCACAUGCCGUUACCUCACACCAAUCAAAAGUGACUGUGGAGAGUACUCCCAAUUUGGAAAAACAACCAAGUGAAAAUGGAGUGUCUGUUCAGAAUGAAAAUUUUGAGGAAAUUAUAAACUUACCCAUUGGAUCUAAAUCAUCCAGAUUAGAUGUCACCAACAGUGAGAGCCCAGAAAUUCCUUUGAAUCCAAUUUUGGCCUUUGAUGAUGAAGGGACACUUGGGCCCCUGCCUCAGGUAGAUGGUGUUCAAACACAACAGACAGCAGAAGUUAUAUGACCAUUUCUUCUGAAGAACCAAAGCAGAAAUUUACUAAGAAUUUCUACAAUUAAUGGAAUUCCUUCCAUGCUAUAAAGGAGCAUCCCCAUCUUCCAGUUUUCUAAAGAUUUCUUGACCAUCCUUUUGAAAAGACUUUAUUAAAGCCAGCUAAAGACAACAGACUGGAUAGCUUUUCUAAUAAUUUUCGCCAAUAGAGAAAAAGAAAUUUUCCUUAUCCUUCAAUACUUUACAAAGGCUUUUUCCAGUGUGCUCCUUCUUAGCAAAUCAAUAUUUUUCUGCAUUCUCUAAAAGACAAGAACAUUUGGCUAUUUUAAAAAAUGGGCUGACUAGGCAUGAUUUUUCACAUAAAUAUUUUGGUCCUUAAAAGCUAAUGUAAUAUUGGCACAAAAAAUUUUACCUUUUACAGUAUAAUACUUGAAAAAUAAGUACCUCUUUGCUCUACAAGUAGAGUGAAUAGGAGAGGUGUUUAAAUUAAGCCUGUUUGUUAAAUAUUACUGCAAAAAGUUCUAUUUGUAGAAGCAACUAUAGGCAGAUUACCAGGUUCUUGUAAAUGCAGUUUGUACAUGGACUUUCUGCAGACCCAGCUGUCAUAUUCUUGCAUCUCCUUUUGCAAAAGUGUACUAAACAGUUUUAAAAUGUGAAAAAAAAAAUUAUUUUUUCAGAGUAAGAAAAUAUACUGUCCUCUUAAAUAAUGUAUUUAUAAAGUUUUUUCCAGGUGAACUAAUCAAAUAAAUUAGAACAACGUGACACCAUUGCAAACUUUGAUUUAUCAGAUGCAUUCCUUAUGUUACCAGGAGGGAGAAUGUUAGCGAUGAUUCAGGGCUAUUUCUGAUGUCUGUAUAUUGCUGCUGUUCCCAGUGAUGAUGGGACUUACCUUUGCCUUACCUGAUCACAAAUUACGGGGGGCCGGGGGGGGCCGGGGGGAGACAGAGAUUUAAUAUUUCUUUAAAUAAAAAAAGAAUUUGGUUUUGCUCGUUUAAGAGCAAUGAAAACAUGAUGGAAUGUUGACUGUGUCCGGCCCACACAGAGCACUGUACAGGAUACCUUCACAAAUGUCCUCAUUCUCUGUGGGACCCGUCAGCUUUGACUUGUCACUCUUCCUCACUUCUGCUGCUGAGCUUAGCUGUACAAAUCUGUAUUUUCAUUUUCUAAUGUAAAUUCAAUUUUAUUUUGCCAUUUUUAGAAACCAACAACAAAAUAUUGAAGGAGAGGGGACUCUGAGGGAACAUUUUUUUUUUUAAUGGCGUGUUUAAAAAGGUAAACUUCCGGCACUAUAAUAUGUUGGCUUUCUUAAGAGAGGGAUUGGUUAUAUGGAAUGAGAAACUAUUCAUUUAUUGGAUGAUAUUCUUAAAAUCCAAGCUAUAGUAACAGCUGUAAUUUGUGAAAACAUUAAUUUGGGGGGUUUCCCUAUUCUCAGUUGUCCAUGUACACAUAGUCAUAUUAAAAAAAAAAAAUCUGUUCAACAAAGUUGUUUUAUUUGUUUAAGUUGACCUAGCAUGAAACACCAAAUAAAAUGUGUUUGACAUA